AUAUCCGAGUUCCGCGAGUAUGACGGGCACUAGGUACUACUGAUGCCUACUGUAGACGCAUAAUGCAGCCAGUACAGACUCUUUUUCAACAACCCUUUUCAGCGGCAACACCUGUCCUAUCUCUGCUUACAUAAUUAAGGCUGAUUUCCUUCUAUUUCCUCGUAUGCGCUCGCACUUAUGCUUGCGUGUACACAAGUAUAUGUACGUUCUACGUUUGCGAUUUGGCAAUCAGCUGCGCGAAAGUUGUCGCUAUCGAUCCUCUAUAUCUACCUACUCAAUAUAGGCCCCACACUCGUUAUGUUUACCUAUAUAUAUACUUACAGAUGAGUAGGUACCAAAGUCCAAAAUCACACGCAAUAAGCGCAGUCGCGAACAACUCUUUCCGCAAUUCUUCCCUGUCUUCUCUUUAUUCCUGCACUUUUCGUCCUAACCUCGUGUUUUGAUAGACGCUCGCUCUCAUAGUUCUAUUGCGUAUGAUAUAGCGACGAAUCUCUCUUUCGAUUGCACUACAUUAUUUGCCUACAACUAUUAGAAGGCCACAUAAAGGUGCACACACUUAUACUUCUCAAAGUGUCUGGCCUUAAAGAAACCAUACCUGACUACUCUGUGGGUCAAGAAGACCCAAAUAACUACAAGGGUUUAGGGGGGGAGAGGGGUGAGGUCACUGCAAAAUGUACAGCAUGAAUUACAUUGGCAAAUUUAUCAGCAAUUUCCGUGACUUUUACAAUGAAAUCAAUGCAGCAACUCUCACCGGAGCCAUCGACGUUGUGGUUAUACAACAACCUGAUGGCUCGUUUACCUGCUCCCCAUUUCACGUACGCUUUGGAAAGCUUGGUGUACUACGCUCCAGAGAAAAAGUGGUUGAUAUUGAAAUAAAUUCCGAGCCGAGGCAGAUUCACAUGAAACUAGGAGAUUCUGGUGAAGCUUUUUUCGUUGAAGAAGUACAGGGUUCUGAUGGAUUUCCCAUCGAUGCUGAAAUUCCUCCACAUUUGGCAUGUUCACCCAUUCCCAAUGAUGAUGACUGUUUUCCUAACAAUAGAAGGUUCAACGUUCUGUCCGAUCUACCUCAAGAGCAGCACGAAAAAAUUCUAAGAGAUUCGGUUAUGUCGAUCGAACGAGAAAAGUGGGAACAAAUGUCAGCCUUGCCACCUGACCAAAGAGAACGUUUUUUGAUUGAGCACUUUUCAGAUCUUCCACUUGAGCAGCGAGAAAAGUGGCUGCAGAUUGCCUCUCUUACAUCUGAGGAAAGGGAUAAAAUUUUUCAAGAGUAUUACGGUACUAUUUCAACAGUACAAAAACAACAAAUGAUCAGCGAACAGUAUUCAGCACUCAAGACCGAAGACAAAGAGAGACUUUUCAAAGAAAACUUUCCUGAAUUGCCUGCUGAGCAGAGACAAAAAUUUGAACAAGCCCUUCUCACUGAUUGGAAGAAAAAGGAUGCACCAUAUUCGCCAAAAAAGGCUAAUAACCGCGAAGAAGGUGCCGAAGACGAAGCUGAAGAGGAAGCUGAAGAAGAAGAAGACGACAAUGAUGAUAAAGAAAAGACCUCACGUUUCCUUAAUGACGACGAGGAAAUUUUUGAUAUGGAAAACAUUAAUCAAGAAGAUAAACCGAAAGCACUUACUGCUACAAUCUCGAACGCUAAAUCGUUCGUUGCUGUAACGUCGACCGAUAGAAUUCGCAAAAUCAGUGUAGUUAAAAACGAUUUCCGCCCUAUUGUGGAAAAUUCCGUUAGCCAUCAAUAUGAUUCCAAAGAAAAGCGCAACUUGGCUGGAGAUGCUGAAACUACCAAUGCUCAUUUGCCUCUAUCUUCCUCUUCGUCGUCCUCUUCAACGAAACGCAAUUCCAAAGACGAAUCAGCUACUGAGGAAAGUAAAUGCGGCAGCAGUAACUCAAAAAGAAAACGUAAGCGAAAGAGCAUAAUGAAAAGAAAGAGUGCACAGAGAAAAAUUAGCUCGUCUACUAAUAAUAAUACAUCAGAACCUGUGGUGGUAAGUGCUGAUAGUCUGGAAACAACUGUGGAAACUGCUGUGAUGGAUGUUAAGAAACCAACUGACACCGGUUCUAAUUCUGCACUCAGUAGCGAUAUAAAAGACAUUCCUGUAGAUAAACGUUUAAGUAAAAUGAGCGUUAGCCAUGCAUCGACCGAUUUCCAUUUUUUUAGCGAUACCGAAGUAACAUCCAAAAAUAAGGAUUCAAGACCUAGUUCUCCUGUGCAAUCUGAUACGGAAUUCGAGGUUCAAAAGAUAACACAAGAAAGCAAGGUUGGCGAAGAAGAAAAAUCACAUGGGCAGAGUUGGAGAUGGGGCGAGUUGCCCAGUCCUCCGCAUGAUGUUAACCAUGAUAGCCGUAGAAUUUCGUUGGGUGGCACUGAUGUUAAUUGCAAUAACGAAACGGCUGAAGCACGUCGAUCAAUGCUUGGAGGAAUGUUCUCAUUUAUGAAGAAAACAUCGCGAGUUAGACACAAUCCUGAAUCAGAGGGUAUUUACUUGAGUGACCUGAACGCAGAUGAGCUGGAUCCGGAAGUCGCGGCUUUGUAUUUCCCUUCGUCUCAUCGCGGUGCGGGAGGUAACUUGCCCAAAGAAAAAGCUGGAGACGAGGAGGAUGCUGAAUCAGGUAAUGGGCCUUCGCUGCCACAGAGUCCAAAUAGUGUUGAGGGUGCGAUCGGCGGACCAAAAUCUCUAGACAGUGACUUUGACGAAUCUUCCAAGAAUUUUGAGCCUUCGAGUCUUGAUGUGUCUUUUUCAUUAUGUGGCGUUAUGGAAUCAGGUUGUGAUCAAGAGCUCCCCACCGACGACAUCUUUCAACGCAAUGCUUUGCGCUACGAAGACAUUUGCUCUGACCCCAAAAUUUACGACAAUCCGAAUCUCGUUGUCAAGAUCAAUGGUAAAUUUUAUAGUUGGCCGACAGCAUGUGCUGUUAUUAUGACCUAUGCUGCUUUCCAAAGGCACUUGCCCAGAAGUGCUUUUUCCACUCUUUGCGAUGAUCGAAAGAGAUCAAACACUGACGUCAAAGCCAUCGAAGAAGGAAGAACCGUUUCAGCUUCUAGUGGAGGAUACAGUUCCUGGUUUUCCUGGAGACGAUCCAGUCAACCGCCCAAAAAAUCACCCAAUUCAAGCUUUUCAAAAAAUGACGAGAGUUCAAUUGUAAGACCAUUAGCUGAAAUCAAUGACAACAAUGAUGAACAAGUUCCGGAUGAUAAAGCCGUUAUCUUUAUUACUAGCGAUGAUAGAAACAAGGACGUAUUAAAUGACGAACGCAUCAGUUCUGAGUUGACAAAUAGUAUCGAGAGUUUAGCCACUAGCCAGUCGGUCGUCAGUUUCAGCGAUGCAAUUGAGGACAGGUCUGCUGAACAGUCUGGGAUAGAAAUAUUGCCAAAAGAAAGCGUCGAUCGCGAAGGCUACAACGCUGGCAACGAAGACUCGGAUGAGGAGCGAAGCGGUCACACUACUUGUAAGGGUAUCGAUAUACCCCUAAUCAAUUUAAACCAUUUGUCGGCUACCUCCGGUGCUACGGCUUUUCCCAAAAGACCUCAUCACGAAGGCACGCAGAACUAUAGAAAAACAUUAAGACUUUCUUCUGAGCAAAUCGCUAGCUUAAACUUAAAAGAAGGAGUAAACGAAGUUGUCUUUAGUGUGACAACGGCCUACCAGGGUACCACACGUUGCAAGUGCUUUAUCUAUCAAUGGCGCUGGGAUGACAAGAUUGUUAUUUCCGACAUCGACGGCACCAUCACCAAAUCCGAUGUACUCGGUCACAUACUGCCAAUCGUUGGGAAAGAUUGGGCUCAAUCAGGUGUCGCUCAACUCUUUACUAAAAUAAAAAAUAAUGGAUACAAGCUUCUUUACUUGUCCGCAAGAGCCAUCGGCCAGGCGAGAGUUACACGCGAAUACCUUAAAAGUAUUAGACAAGGUGAUUUGUCCUUACCCGACGGUCCACUUCUCUUGAACCCAACAAGCUUGAUUUCGGCCUUCCAUAGAGAGGUUAUAGAGAAAAAGCCCGAAGAGUUUAAAAUUUCAUGUCUCAGUGACAUCAAAGCUCUAUUCCCCGAGGGAUCACAGCCGUUCUAUGCUGGUUAUGGAAAUCGUAUCAAUGAUGUUUGGGCAUACAGAGCUGUUGGAAUCCCGACCACUCGGAUUUUUACAAUAAAUCAUCGCGGAGAGUUAAAACAUGAAUUGACACAAACUUUUCAAUCAUCAUAUUCGAACAUGAGCUACAUAGUGGAUCAUUUGUUCCCCGCCUUGCGUGAGGAUGCUGCUGAUGAAUUCAGCAACUUUUCCUACUGGCGCGAACCAAUUCAAGAUUUGCUGAAACUUGAAAUGCAUGUCGUGCAAAAUUGAAUUGAUGCUGACGACUCACAUCAUCGACGAUAUAAAGACAUUGCACAGAUUUUUGUACUUCAUAAUCCCUGUAUAACAUGAAAUGCUUUACGUGGUUGUACGUACAGACAAAACGUGAGAAGAGAAAGCAUUGUUUAUUAUACAAAAUAUUACGUCGAAUCGCGUGGGCCAUGAGAGGCUUUCAACAUUCGAAAAACUUUUUCAAACAUGCAAAACAACAUAUGCAAUAUAGUGAGUAUGCUUGCAAAAAUUAUUCCACUUCUUAUAGUAGCGCGAUAACUGUAAGUAUAUAGGUUAGCAAAAAUAUUAUUGAAAACGAACAAAAUGUGAAAAAUAAUUUUAUCACUUUUAUCUAAUGUUUGUCGUAUUCGUUUUUUCACUUUAUCCUCAGGCAAUCACGUAGGCGUAAUUAUUAUGAUGAUUUUUGUCUUCAUAUACGUGACUAUUGAAUGAUUCUAGUCUCGGUCAGUAAUUGACAAAUUAACUUUGUGCGUGAACGUUUCUUACUUGAUAAAUAAAGAUAAUAGACGUCUAUAAGUAGAUUUUGAAGCAUAAAAUUGUGUAAAAUCAGUAAUUAUGAGAAAAAUACAAAAAAAAAAAGAAUUAAAGCCAUGAUUGAGUUGAGCUUGAUUAAAUUUAACAUUGUGAUAAAGUAAUGCGAAAAGUAAGAAAGCGAUCGGAGAAUCUAUAAUUUUACGACAAUGCUAUGCCAGAAUAAGACAACUUCUGCUCUCUGUUCUGUCUUACGAAUUGCAACAUAUAUAACUAUUGUAACUUUUUAUGCGGUAGCAUUCCAAAAUGUCGGUGUGUGGGACAAAUUAAAAGAGCAAGCUUAGAUAAAAUGUUGUCUUUUUUUUUUAAUAUUUUUAAGUAGAUAAAUGUGUAUUCAAUCUGUUAUUGUUACCGCUUUUGUAAAUUUGUGUACCAAUGUAUAUUAAAAGGGAAGCCUAUAGUCGAUUUUUUAUAUAUGUGUAAUUUAUCGUUAAGUAUUUAUAAAAGUAUAUUUUUUUUAUCGCAUUUUCAAUAAUUACUUUUUGAAUAUAUUUUUAAAUUGUAAUUUUCGUUGCAUAGAAUUUUCUUAAGUAAUUGAAAAUUAACUAUUCACGUUGCAGUAGCAUCAAAUUGUAAGAUAUAAUAUACUUAAUUACCUUUAGUUUAAGAAAAAAAUUACUGUUACUGGUGAUUGUAAAACAAUUCAAUGUAUUGAAAAUAUAAUUUUUAUUUUCCAAACAAAUAGGAUCGUAUAAGUUAUAAAACAUGAAGCAUUUUUAUGAAUCAAUAUUCUGUACGUAUGUAUGUGUACAUACAAUGAAAAUUGUAGAACAAUAUGAAUAAUUGUUUUAAAUUAACUAAUAGUUUCCAAGUAUGCGACCGUAGGUCUCGCUUGAUUAAAAAUACGUUAUAAAAUAUCAAUAAAUUGUACCAAAGAGAA